AAUCCCAAAAUUCCUUUUAGUAUUUUCAGUUUCAAAAGAAAAACUUAGGUUUUAGAAGGAGUUUUUCACAAAACCCAAACAAAAAUAGGGUCUUGUUUUAAGGAACAACUCUUUAUCAGAUUUGGGUGGGAAACAAAACAUCAAAAUUCAGCGCGGUUAAAUGUUGAUUAUGAUGGAGCUAUGUUGAUGUCGGAAUUUAAAUUCUUCAUACCCUUAUACAAAUUAGGGUUCGAUUUAGGGUGACUUAAUUGGUCUUGUUGACUGAAGUUGAAAUUGGCGCGUUCAAAUAGUGGAAUGAUCUUAACUGCAGAGUUGGAUAUUGGUGAGUUAAAUACUGUUUGAUUCCGUGGUGAUUGAAUAACUGAGAGGCAGAAGUAGAAGGGAGGAGGAAGGAAAUGGAGUGUAAUAGAGAUGAAGCAGCACGAGCGAAACAAAUCGCUGAGAAGAAGUUUAGUGCAAAGGACAUUGCUGGUGCCAAAAAAUUUGCUACGAAAGCUCAAAACUUGUAUCCAGGACUUGAAGGCAUCUCCCAUAUGUUGUCAACAUUUGAUGUGUAUCUCUCAGCAGAGAACAAGGUGUAUGGGGAAGCCGAUUGGUAUGGUAUUCUUGGUGUGAGUCCGUAUUCAGAUGAAGAAACAGUGAAAAAACAAUACAGGAAAUUAGCUCUGUUGCUUCACCCAGACAAGAACAAAUCAGUAGGGGCAGAUGGGGCAUUUAAGCUCAUUUCAGAGGCAUGGAGUUUGUUGUCUGAUAAGACGAAAAGAGCAGCUUAUGAUCAGAAGAGGUUUCCGCCGAGAACAUCUCAUCAUAAAGUUCCAACCACUACUAGGGGUUCAUCGUUCACAGCUGCGAAUGGCUUUACGGACAAUAAAUCUUCGGAAGUAAGAUCACAUAAGAGUACAACUCAUGCCGGUCCCACAACUGUUCCUGCUCCUGCUCCUCUUCGACCAUCAAAACCCAAUACAUUUUGGACUUCUUGCAAUCGCUGCAAGAUGCAGUAUGAAUAUCUACGGGUUUAUCUGAAUCAUAACCUAUUGUGUCCCAAUUGCCAUGAACCCUUUUUGGCAAUAGAAGCACCAAAUCCUCCCACUAAUGGUUCAAAUUCAUCCACCUCUUGGUCCUUCUCCCAGCAGCAUCAAAAACAGAAUAAUCAGACGGAUAUUCACUUUGGUCCAGCAGCUGAUAUUGGUACAGCUGCGAAUAUGGCUCAGCAAGCCUAUGAGAAAUUAAAGAGAGAACGUGAUGAGGCUCAAGCAGCAGCUGUCAGAAGACAAGAAGCCCUCGGGAAGAAGAAAACUGUUUCCAAGAGACCAGUAAGCGGAUCUGGUCAAGACCUCCAGGGGGGAAAACCUGCAAAGAAAACAAAAAUCAUAGAUGGUGGGAAUUAUUAUGGAGGGAAUAUGGCUGAUCAAGUGGCCUUUGGAAGUGGUGGUGGGAAUUAUAAUACUUCAGGAUUUCAACCAGGCUGUUCUACAUCAGGAUGGCCCAAUGGGUUUUAUUAUACCAGUAAACCUAAUAGUACGAAAGAUUUGACACAGUUGGAACUUCGAAAUAUGUUGGUAGAAAAAAGCAAGAGAGAAAUUCGCAAGAAGUUAAGUGAAUGGAGCUUGAGCUCUGCGAACAAGGCCCAGGAGACGGGAGGAAAGAAAGAGGAAGAGAAACAGAAACAAAAACAACCAUUUCCAGUGCAUGGUGAUACACUUGAUGAGAAGAAAUCAGUUGAGUUGGAUACUAAGAAAGCAGUUCAGGAUAUGAAGGUCACACGUGAUGCAUCCUCUGUAGAUACAGAAGGUAAAACCCAUGAAUCCUUAGUUAUCAGUGUCCCUGAUCCAGAUUUUCAUGAUUUUGACAAGGAUAGAUCCGAAAAAUCAUUUGGGGAGAACCAGGUGUGGGCUGCAUAUGAUAAUGACGAUGGGAUGCCUCGUUACUAUGCCAUGGUUCAAAAAGUGAUCUCGCGGAGUCCAUUUAAGAUGCGUAUGAGUUGGCUCAAUGGCAAAUCCUGCAGUGAACUAGGGCCAAUAGACUGGGUUGGAUUGGGCUUCUCCAAAACUUGUGGGGAUUUCAGGGUUGGGAGAUAUGAAUUAAACAAAUCAGUGAACUUUUUUUCUCAUAGAGUUACAUGGACAAAAGGUGUACGUGGCGCUGUUCGAAUAGUUCCUAGGAAAGGUGAUAUUUGGGCUCUCUACUGUAACUGGUCCUCUGAUUGGGAUGGAUCUACUCCUGAAGAGGUCAUACAUAAAUAUGAAAUGGUGGAAGUGCUCGAUGAUUUUGAUGAGGAGCAAGGUAUUACUGUUACUCCUCUAGUUAAGGUUGCAGGUUUCAAGACUGUUUUCCAUCGGCACCUAGAUCCUGGGGAAGCAAGGAGAAUCCCAAGAGAAGAAAUGUUCCGGUUUUCGCAUCAGGUCCCUUCCUACAUGCUAACAGGUGAAGAGGCCCAAAAUGCCCCAAAGGGUUGCCAUGAGCUGGACCCAGCAGCCACCCCUGUGGAACUACUGCAGGUGAUGACUGAAGCCAAGAAAGAAGAGAAUGCGAUUUAUGCUGAAGUAGACAUAAGAGUAGAAACUGAGAAAGAAGUGAAAAUUGCUGAAAGUCGGACCAAACCAGGUUCUAGGAAAGAAAAUGUGGCAGAAAGUCCUGAAGGAAAACCCACAUAGCAACUUGUUUGUGAAUUUUGAAUUUUGUGCACCUGAUCUAAAAGAUUUGUUGUGCUAUAAGAUCAAACCAAUACUAAACCCUUUUAUUUCCGAGUCCUUUGGGUGUAUAAUCUAGGAAAUGCACAGUUCAGUUGAAAUUAAUUCUCAAUACACGAAGUUAUUCCAAGUCUUAAACUUCUCUGCAAAGUGAAGACACUUUAGAAGAUGAUGAGGUUACGUGGUCCUUCUGGGUUUCAAAUGUUGAAGGUCAGAUUCUCUAUUCUUAUCUGCUGCAGCUUCUGGCUUACAUCUAUAAGAUGACGACUACCGGUAGCUCAGUUUUUAGUUUUUUGCCUGUUGGAAAAUCUGACUUUCAACCAGAGCCAGAAUUGGUGAAUGUUAAUGCGCCCAUACACUGCUAAUCUUUCGUGUACCUUACAAUACUUGCAAUUUGGUUUUUGUAGAUUAGACAGUGAUGGUUGUGUCGCCAACACCCGUCUCAAGUUCUAAUUUUUAUUGGUUCUGAUUAUGAACCAGAAACACAAUUUGUUUUGGUUUCUUCAAUUUUUGCUUGAUUUGUGCUA